AUAUUGUGUAAAAGUUAUUUAAAAGACAUCUUCAUGAAUGUGUUUUGUUCCUUGAUUGUCUUCGAUUGUUGAAAUUCAGCUGUGAACACAUGUUUGCACCGUCGACAAAGGCGGCCUGGUGGCUGGCGACAUUUUUAACUGUUUUUGUCACAGGUGAGAUGCCAAUCCAAGCCGAGGUGGAACCGGAAUUCUUACAAGAGCUGGAGAACCAUACGGUGACGCAAGGCCGCGACGUGCACUUCACCUGCGUCGUCAAUCAUCUCUCUAACUAUAAGGUAGCGUGGAUAAAAUCUGAUUCGAAAGCGAUCCUGGCGAUACACACGAAUAUGGUGGCAUUGAACCCGCGCCUCUCCGUCACCUACAACAACCAUAAUACCUGGAAGUUGCACGUCAGCAACGUGCAGGCGAACGACUCGGGAACUUACAUGUGCCAAGUCAACACCGACCCUAUGAAAAGUCAGAUGGGUCACUUAUCCGUAGUGAUACCGCCGGAUAUUGUGGACACGGUGACGGAGGGAAGUUCAGCGCGUGAAGGCGGCAGUGUAAGACUCACAUGUUCAGCAACUGGCGUGCCCCCGCCGACUGUCUUGUGGAGGAGAGAGCAUAACCGACCCAUUGUGUUCAGACAAGAAGGUGGUAGAGAGAAAAAAGUCGUGGAUAGUCACAAAGGCGAGAGUCUGGAACUGUGGCACGUGCAGCGCGCAGACAUGGGCGCGUACUACUGCAUAGCGAGCAAUGGCGUGCCGCCCACCGUCAGUCGCCGGUAUCACGUGCAAGUGCAUUUUAUACCGCAAGUGAAAGUGACAAAUCAAUUGGUUGGAGCACCAAUCGGUAGUGAUGUUGAACUGCAGUGCUAUAUUGAAGCUUCACCCAAAGCUAUGAACUCCUGGUAUCGGGAAGAUGCUUUAGUUAGUGACAAGUUGUUUGAGAAUCCAAAACUCCGUAUUGCGGAGACUAUAGUGAAUGAAUAUUCACAGUGGAUGAAUUUAACUAUAAAGUCUCUCGCUCCUAAAGAUUAUGGAACGUAUAUCUGUGCUUCUGUCAAUGCCUUAGGAAAGAUGGAGAGUCAAGUCAGCCUGCAUAGAUUAGAAUUAAGUAUGAACGGGUAUGCGGAGGAGCCAAUGGUGUCCGGCGCGGCGUGGCAACGCGGCCACCCCGCCAUAUCGCCUGCCACAUCGCACGCAAGACCGUAUUCCUUCACAAGACAUCUCACACCGCAGCUGUACGCUCUGUUAAUACCUACUCUACGAUACCUUACCAAUUAGAUAUUUUGAAAUGUACUCUCUGUGGUUACUUACUCUAUAAUAACUUUUAGAUAUUUGUAAAUAAAUAAUUUUAUAUUAAUUAAUGUAGCAAGUGACUUUCGAAUUUUAAUUGAAUUGUUAUUGAUGUUAAGGCUAAUUUUGUUUGGGAGACAACUGGAAGAUAAUAAGUAAUGAAAUCGAUAAAAAACGUCCCAAAAGUAAAAUCUCUAUAUAAGGGAAUAAGAAUUAAAAAUAAAAUAAAACGCGGUGUUGUUUAUAAAACUGGUAUUCUAAUGUCAUCCUGGAACUAACAAUAAAGAAUAUCAAAACUACUUUCGGCGCUAGAAAAAAUAUAGCUUUCAUAUACCGACGAAAUAUUUUACUUUGAAAAGGCAACAAAUCUGCACGAAUACAUUUCGGAUGCAGAGUUUUAAAUUAACGCCCCAGUUCAGCGGCACAUUGCAUUCCACUCAUAUGCGGAGCAGAAUCGUUAUUUGUGGAAUACAUUUUAUUAAGUUUAGAAAACUGACCGAAUACAUUAUGCCUUGUUAUAACUCUAACAAUAAACAACUGAACUUUA